AUGACGGGAUCCCGUCCCGUAAGACAACGUACUGCGCAGGCAUGCAACCGCUGCCGCCGGCAAAAGCUCAAGUGUGACUCUAAUCGGCCAUGUCUUCUUUGUGUCCAUUCGGGGAAUCAGUGUGAGACAUCUGCACGGACUCCUGCAAAAUUAACCACCGGAAUCACCAAACGACGCCAACGUACUAAGCCAGCUCAAGAUGUGCCGGGCUCUAGUGGGCUCUCUCAAGGUAAAUCUGCAGCUCCAUCUGCCAAACCAUCUAGUAAUGAUCACACAACGGAGAAGCAACCGUCAGAAAAUGUCUCCACCCUUGACUUCGUUCGACAAGUCUUCAAUGAAGCAGAGACCGGUCGCAGCGUCACCAGAGAGUCUGUCCUUGGCGACUCUGGUAUAGCCAUUCCUGAAAAUAUCCGCUGGUCUCUAAAAAACCUGCAGCUUCCACCAGAGAGCGUCAUGUGGGCUGCCAUAGAUGCAUAUUUUAGUCGUGCGCAUUGGUUCGUGUUGAUGUUCCAUGAACCGACUUUUCGAACUACUGCACAGCGAGUUCUUGCAUCGACUUCAGGAACUUGGGAAAGACAAGAACUGAGCGACGUGAUUGUCGUCUUGAUGGUGGUAACAGUUGGUCUGAAGGCCGGGUCACUAGAUCACACCUGGCCUGGAUGUUGCAUUCUCCGCGCCCUCAAUCUAGAUCAUUGUGAAUUGAUGGUCAGUAUCAUAUCAGAGGUCCGUCUACAUCUGCUUGAUUUGAUGGAAGACUGUCGCAUUGAAGCGGUGCAAGUCUGCCUGCUCCUGUCUUCGAUAUACGGAUACCAUAAGUCAUCUACCCUCGCCUGGAAUACGAUCGGCAUGGCUAUCAGGGCAGCGAUAUAUCUUCAGCUUUACAAUAUCUCCCAGGAAGGCCAGGAUCCCAUCAUUCAUCAGCUGCGACGGCGGUGUUGGAACACUGUGCUUGUGAUGGAUACGUAUACCUCUAUGGUCUUCGGGCGGCCAGUGUCCAUAGAUACACGGUUUUCGAGCCUGCAUCAAAUCCAAGACCUCGAUGAUAUGGAGAUUAACCCACUGUUACUGGAUACUCCAGUCUUCCAGGAACUUGGUACCACUACCUCUAGGGCGCCCUUUCACAAUGCCCAAUUCAAAUUGUAUGAUUUGAUACGUCAAACUAUCUCGCACAUUAUGCAUCUUCGAUCAAGCGAUUCAAAAGAUGAUUUUGAAGCAAUCAAGCGUGCUACAUAUGAAUCAGAGACAAUGUUGACAGAGUGGCGUGGCAAAAUACCUCCAUUAUUUGAUUUUUCCAAAUGGACAGAGAACAAUCGCCAAGAAAGACUGGACCAGGGUCUGCAGAACGCUACACCAGAAGCAAAACAAGAGGCCAAUAUUAUCAUCUUGCAGGCAGCCACCAUGCAACUAAGCUAUGACGCGGCUCUGAUACUUUUCCAUCAACCGUUGCUCGAGUAUAAAAUGCGCAGCAGCAUGCCUCAGUCUACAUCCAUGAUUAACACAGUACACCAAUCACUUGGCGUUGCCGUCGAGGCGGCACAUCGAUUAUCUCAAAUCCCGGUUCAUUUGUUCCACACGCACUAUGCCAUAUCAUUCCUCUUCAUGCACCUUUUUACCGCGGGUGUUACAUUGUGUCUUGUUCCACCCAGCCAGCCAUUUACUCAACCUGCGCAACAAGCGAAAGCUGCCGUUUUCAGAAUUAUAAAGUCGAGCCGGGCAAUGCGCAACAAGCACCGCAUAGCAAAACAAGCAGAAGAGCUUUUGACCGAGCUGUUGACGGUUACUACACGACGAGAGAUGGAUAAUGCUUUAUCUGCGUCAGGAGCACCCCAGGAAACCCGUCCUAUAUCAUCGCAAGUACGGGAGCCAGCCCGGUCCAGCCACACCGACACACAAGACCAGAUCAAUACCCGGCCUUCAAAUGUACUAGGUUGCCCUUCGUUAUAUCCUCCUAACAUGCAAAAUACCCAUGCUUUGGAGAAUUAUGCCAUGAGUUUUGAGUCGACUGGCACUGGUGCCGACCCGGGCUUACAGCUACCCACCGCGCAGCCGCAGGCUAUAAAUCACUUUGAUGACAUUUAUGAUACUUCUGGACAAUUCUACUUUCAGAUUCUCGAUAUUCGGCUUGGGAUCUGGGAUGCACAUUUCCUGAGAGUGGAGAACAUCCUCUCCUCCUUUAAUAUUUCAAUGCGCAUCGAGCCCCAAUACGGCUCUUCUACGCCAACUGGGAAAUUAACCGCGUAUCAUAAAUCAAAACGCAACGAUGGAUCCAUGUAUUCGUCGAAUCAAAGCGCCUUAGAUGUCUUCCCAAUCUUCUUCUCCUUCUGCUACGUAGAUGUGAAAAUUAUAGGCUAUGCAAGACCAAUUUUCUUGAUUAGCUUCGCUGCCGCUUUCGGAUUCUCGCAGAAGCGAGUGGCGCGAUGGGCCUUUUGA